AUGGGGAAUAACAGACAACGGAGAUUCAGAACUCAUCGCGGUCAAUCAAGUCGACACCACCAACAACUCUUACUAGAAGAUGAUUCUCAAAGCUCUGUUCCAGGAUUUUGGGCAAUGCGAUGCCAAAAGGUGUACUGGUCGCAAGCUUUCAAGAUUGGGCUUGCUAAAGGCAAUCCGGCUGGAAAUCAAUGCGUCUCAAGAGAAGAUUACUCUAUAAUCCAGAAGAAAGGAUUGGCUGUUGUAGAUUGUUCAUGGGCUCGCUUAGAUGACGUGCCUUUUGUGAGGCUGCGCUGCGCUGCUCCUCGCCUCUUGCCAUGGCUUGUAGCAGCAAAUCCAGUAAAUUAUGGUCGUCCAUGUCAACUAUCUUGUGUGGAGGCCUUAUCUGCUGCUUUGACAAUUUGCCCUCGUGCCUCCAAAAAUAUUGGGGAAGAAAAAACAGCAAAUUUAUUGCUCGGGAAGUUCAAAUGGGGUCAUGCUUUUAUGUCUCUGAACGGGGAAUUGCUGAGGGCCUACUCCAAAUGCCAAAAUAGUGCUGAAAUUAUUUCUGUUCAAAAUGCUUGGCUGUCCCAAGAGAGACAGAUUCCAAGGGCUCCUACCGAUGAUGAAGCUAUUCUACCUUCCGCAUUGGUUGGUGACUUGUCACCUGGCGUGUCCUUCUUGGAAACAGCCUCCCUGGUUGUGGGGGUAACCCUGGAUUCGGUCACGAUUAAGCAAUGGUCUACCUUUUUAUCUCUCACGUUUGAAGAUGAGGAUAAAAUUCAAAACUCUUCCGACUCUGAAGAUGGGCUUCCACCUCUUGAAAAGAACAUGAAUCAUUUGAGCAUAGUCAAUAGUGAUGAACAAGAGAGCGAGUUUGCGGGUAUGAAUAGUGUCUUCGACGAGCAGGUACUUGCGGACAAGCUGUCCAAGCUCAAUAAAUCCGACCUGUGUAUUCAAAGUGUCAUGGUAAUUAUGACCUGGGCAUAUGAAUUGUUGCCUUAG